AACUGACAACUUGUACACAGUCAUAUAUUCAAAGCUGUGUUUGCUAAAGGCUGAAAGUUCGUAUUACAGGGAGCUUCUGAGCUCCAAACAUAGCUGGAGUGUUUUAAGAGCAGGUCCAACUAGCAAGAGCAGGGGUUUUUUAUUAUUAUUAUUUUAAUUUUUUUAUUUUCCAGAUUGAAAGAAAUGAGUAGGAUUUAUAAUGGCAGUUGGCUGGAAGUGCCAUGGGGAGAUGGAGAUUUAGGUUCUUGGGCAGAUCGCUCACCUCUGCAUGAGGCAGCCAGUCAAGGACGUCUUCUUUCUCUAAAGACUUUACUGUCACAGGGGUACAAUGUAGACACUCUAACAAUUGACCAGGUAACUCCACUCCAUGAAGCCUGCCUGGGAGAUCAUGUAGGAUGUGCAAGAAUCCUCCUUGAAGCAGGAGCAAAUGUAAAUGCUACAACAAUUGAUGGAGUGACACCUUUAUUUAAUGCCUGUUCGAGAGGCAGUGCAGCAUGCGCUGAGCUCCUGUUACAGUACGGUGCCAAAGCUCAGUGGGAGUCCUGUCUGCCAUCACCAACACAUGAAGCAGCCAGCAGAGGUCACAGUGAAUGCCUGGAGGUACUGAUAUCCUGGGGUAUAGAUGUUGACCAAGAUCUUCCUCAUUUAGGAACACCUCUGUACGUAGCUUGUGUUUCACAGCAGAUCCAUUGCAUUCGAAAGCUUCUUUAUGCAGGUGCCAACGUGCAGAAAGGAAAGCAUUUGCAAACUCCACUCCAUGCUGCUGCCCAGCAUUCUAGUACAGAGAUUGUAAAUUUACUCCUUGAAUUUGGGGCAGACAUAAAUGCCAAAAAUUCAGAUUUUGAGAGGCCUGUUGAUUUAGCUGCCCCAAGCAGUUUAGUGGAGGGAUUGCUGCUCUUCCAUGAAGCCACACCAUCUUCUCUUUGUCAGCUCUGCCGACUAUGUAUCCGGAAUUACUUAGGAAGAGCUAGACUGCAUCUUGUUCCACAACUCCAGCUGCCAACAAUACUUAAGAAUUUCUUACAGUACAGAUAACAUAGUAAUUAAUCGUU